CCUGCAAUGGAUUCCGUCCCUUGACUAUUUCGGAUGUAAAGUCAAAGGGGAAACGCUCUCUGCUGAUCUUUAUUAUCGCCUGUUCGCUUAUUUUCCGGGGCAUGUGCGAAACAAAUGACAAGAGCCGAUCUCAAGUCCUUCGGUAAUUAGAAUCGAUAGACGUCCGUUGUAAAUGAAGGUUAGUUACAAUGGAUGAACGGGUUAUUUAAGCAGUGCGAGAUCCCUUAGGAUUUUUCUCAGUGUCAAUUCACAUACAUAUUUUGAGAAACCACUUUUCAUUCUCUCCCGCCUCAAUGAAGAUCACAUCAACCAUUCCCGCUGUCCUCUUGGGACUAGCACCGCUGAGUGCAGCCGUAUCAGUCUCUGGCGCAGCCGAAGGGUUCGCUUCCGGGGUGACAGGCGGUGGUGAUGCAGAAGCACAGAUUCCCAGCGAUAUCGAUGAGCUGAAGGAAUGGCUUACCGAUGAUACUCCACGAGUGAUUGUUCUUGACAAAGAAUAUGACUUCACCGAGUCGGAGGGCACGACUAGUGGAACGGUUUGUGCUUCCUGGGGAACUGGAGACGGCUGUCAGAAGAUUAUCCAGGACGACUGUGGAGAUUCUCCUUCUUCGCAAGCAACUUGGUACACCGCUGGAACAACGGGGAUAGAUGUUGCGUCGGACAAAACGAUCCUUGGAGACGGAGACAAGGGCGUUAUUAAAGGCAAAGGCCUGAGAUUCAGAGACGGCGUGUCGAACAUCAUCGUCCAAAACAUUGAGAUUUCCGACUUGAACCCUGAGUAUGUCUGGGGUGGCGAUGCUAUCUAUUUCGAUGGCUCUGACCUUAUCUGGAUUGAUCAUGUCACGACGGCUCGCACUGGACGGCAACACUACACCUUCGGAUACGAGACCAACACUCGUAUCACUCUCUCCAACAACUUCAUCAACGGCGAGACUACGUACUCGACCGGCUGCGACGGGUAUACCUACUGGGGCUUUGAGAUGGUAGGUGAGGCAGACCAGAUUACCCUGCAGAACAAUUAUAUCUACAUGACCGCUGGCCGUAGCCCAGCCUUGAGUGGAGGUACUCUCUUGCAUGCCGUAAACAAUGUCUGGGAGAAGAACAACGGCCAUGCGCUGGAGGGCGGCGAGGCAGCUGCUAGGGGAAUCUUCGAGGGAAAUGCUUGGGUCGGUGUGUCCACGAUUGUUGGAGACUACGCCGGCCGUCUUUUCAACACACCGGACUCAUCGUCCGCUGGCGACUGCGAAUCGGCUCUUGGUCGUGCAUGCGAAGUCAAUGCCGUUUCCGACUCCGGCAGUCUUACUUCUUACACAGAUACUUCCUUUUUCUCGGACUUCUCAGGGCUUACUAUUGCGCCCGCCACCUCUGCCACCGAGGCUCAGUCGAAUGUCCCGAACAACGCAGGCAUGGGGAAGCUUUGAGUUUCUUCCCAGGACUUGUCUAUUUCUACUGUUUUCUAACUUUCCAUCCUCGAUUCGUAAUGUCGCGCUCUGAAUGAUGG